UGAUCUUCAACUGUGUUGGUGUCACCGUUCAGAAAAUUUUCAUUCCCUCCGAAGUGCACAGAUUGGCCAGUCUGCUCAUCAGCCAGUCAGUCUUGUGAUACCAUUUUGCUUCGCUCGGUUGUGUGGCGUUUGCAUUUUUCCAACACUCUCGACAACUGCAGCCCCUAAGAGCAGAAAGCGGAGCAGAAGGAACGAAUCGUCGAGACAAUGUCCACCCUGAAGAAGAUCUCCGAUGAGGACCGCGAGUCCAAAUUCGGAUACGUGUUCGCCGUGUCCGGUCCCGUCGUCACGGCCGAGCGGAUGUCCGGUUCGGCUAUGUACGAGUUGGUCCGCGUCGGUUACUACGAACUGGUCGGUGAGAUCAUUCGAUUGGAAGGUGACAUGGCCACCAUCCAGGUAUACGAGGAAACCUCCGGUGUCACCGUCGGCGAUCCGGUGCUGCGUACCGGCAAGCCCCUGUCCGUCGAACUCGGCCCAGGUAUUAUGGGUAGCAUCUUUGACGGUAUCCAGCGUCCGCUGAAGGAUAUUAACGAGCUUACGAGCUCGAUCUAUAUCCCGAAGGGUGUCAACAUUCCGUGCUUGUCGCGUACCCAGAGCUGGGGAUUCAAUCCCUUGAACGUGAAGGUCGGCUCUCACAUCACCGGAGGAGAUCUGUAUGGUUUGGUGCACGAAAACACUCUGGUCAAGCACAAACUAUUGGUCCCGCCACGUGCCAAGGGUACCGUUCGUUACAUUGCUCCAGCCGGCAACUACACCGUCGAUGACAUCAUUCUGGAGACGGAGUUCGACGGAGAAAUCAACAAGUGGUCUAUGUUGCAGGUGUGGCCCGUGCGUCAGCCACGUCCAGUGACUGAGAAGCUGCCCGCUAACCACCCUCUGCUGACCGGUCAGCGUGUGUUGGAUUCGCUGUUCCCUUGCGUCCAGGGAGGUACCACAGCCAUUCCCGGUGCUUUCGGUUGCGGAAAGACUGUCAUCUCACAGGCCCUGUCCAAAUACUCCAACUCUGAUGUCAUCAUCUACGUCGGUUGCGGAGAACGUGGUAACGAAAUGUCUGAAGUAUUGCGUGAUUUCCCGGAGCUGUCGGUUGAAAUUGACGGUGUUACCGAGUCUAUCAUGAAGCGUACCGCGCUGGUCGCCAACACCUCCAACAUGCCUGUCGCUGCUCGUGAAGCUUCCAUCUACACCGGUAUUACCUUGUCCGAAUACUUCCGUGAUAUGGGUUACAACGUAUCUAUGAUGGCUGAUUCGACCUCCCGUUGGGCCGAAGCUCUUCGUGAAAUUUCGGGUCGUCUCGCUGAAAUGCCUGCCGAUUCCGGUUAUCCUGCUUACCUGGGUGCUCGUUUGGCCUCCUUCUACGAGCGUGCUGGUCGUGUCAAGUGUCUGGGUAAUCCUGAACGUGAGGGCUCUGUGUCCAUUGUCGGUGCCGUAUCGCCACCCGGUGGUGAUUUCUCCGAUCCCGUCACAUCCGCCACUCUUGGUAUCGUACAGGUGUUCUGGGGUCUGGACAAGAAACUGGCACAGCGUAAGCACUUCCCCUCGAUCAACUGGUUGAUCUCCUACAGUAAAUACAUGCGUGCGCUGGACGACUUCUACGAUAAAAACUUCCAGGAGUUUGUCCCACUGCGUACCAAGGUCAAGGAGAUCUUGCAGGAGGAAGAAGAUCUGUCUGAAAUCGUACAGUUGGUCGGUAAGGCAUCGCUGGCCGAAACCGACAAGAUCACACUUGAGGUGGCCAAGCUGCUCAAGGACGAUUUCCUACAGCAGAAUUCGUACUCGGCGUACGAUCGGUUCUGUCCAUUCUACAAGACGGUCGGUAUGUUGCGAAACAUGAUCGGCUUCUACGAUAUGGCUCGCCACGCCGUGGAAACCACCGCGCAGUCGGAGAAUAAGAUCACCUGGAACGUGAUUCGUGACUCGAUGGGCAACAUCCUGUACCAGUUGUCGUCCAUGAAGUUCAAGGACCCAGUGAAGGAUGGUGAAGCGAAGAUCAAGGCCGAUUUCGAUCAGUUGUACGAAGAUCUGCAGCAGGCGUUCCGCAACCUGGAGGAUUAAAUUUAAUCGCCCGCACAUGCAUGCUCCCAUUAAAACCGAAAUUCCUUAAAACAGUUUUAUUGUUUUCAGCAACUAUAGAAAAUAAAUGUGCAACAGGAACAGAAAACCAACAUCAAAGUAAUAAACAAGAAACAUAACAGCUAGGGGAAAAAAUGUAGGGCCCUCCUCGGCAUCAUGAGAAAUCGACAUCCAUCAAGUAGAUUGCUUCUAGGUCACCAUUUUACAGGCGUAUUUAGGUUUAAAAAUUUAUUUACACAAAUAAAUUGGCAAAAUUGAGGAGAAGCAAAUUCAUAUAGUGAGUGUAAAAUAUACAUUUAAAACAGAAACGGCGAAACACUACAAAUAAUGCACAGAACAAGGCAGAACAGAAACAAUUGUGGUAGGACAGGUUAGCGUAUGAAAUAACAUUUAAUCGAAAAUUGUCUUCGAAGUUUUCCGAUUGCAUUCGUAUCGCGAAACGAAAUAAGAUUAAAGAAAUAAACGUGGUAAUAUUUAACAUCAACAACAACCGAACGAGAGAUGAUAAUCAAAGGGGAUUCAAAUGAAACAAAAUGGACACAGAUCUAUAAAAUAAAACUCUCAGCUAGAAAUAGUUCAUGACGUCGCGAAACGUACUAUAAAUAGAAUAAAAUAAGCCACGGUUAAUGGGGAAAAUUAGGAAGAACUUUCGAUUGAAUUAUGUUAUUAAAAAUCUAUUAAUGUAUGUUUAUUAAAAAUCGCUAACUAAUCGUAUUAGAUAUAAGAGAAGAUUUAUUAUAGAUGUAAGGCAAUCAAGUUGUUAUAUCAGUUUAAAUAUUAUUUAGUAAAUAUAGUUUUACUUUUAAUUUUGUAGUGUCGUUUUUCCAUCGGUUGGAUCGGAAACGAGAAUCGAUGAUUGAUUGACUGUUGACAAAUUUAUUACAAUUUUUGUUUGUGUGAAAAUGGAACCACUGUGUCGCUCCGGUCAGAGAGAUAGCAGAAAUUAUAUGAGAAUAAAACCCUCUAUAAAAAUGCAUUCCGCAUCAAAUGGAAUAA